GGAAAGAAAAGAAAAAAAAAGAUCUGCUAUCUCUGAAUUAUGUUUUACCGAAGGAACGAGAAAUUCUACUUACCUCUGCAUAAAUAAAAUGGAAGGGAUUUUAUCCUAAUAAUAAUAUCCCGUAGCUUCUGCCUGGCUUCCCAAUCAUCGCUUGACCUUUUGACAGGUUUUAGUCUCCUGCUUGUAUUUGUCCACUUCCCCGCACGACUGAAAUUAUUUUAGUUGUCUCUUGGGGCGGUACAUCCCAAACCACAUUUUGGCAGAACACCUUUGAAUUGUACAGCCUCUUGGCUUGAAGAUCUGCGCCCCUCAAAGCGCGGACUUGCAGGGGGCUAAUGUAAAUUGCCUCUGGCGAACUCGUCUGGGACGAAGGGCGUUUUGCUCAGUGCUGCUCACGCAGAUCUCAUCUGGAAAGAGGCUGUUUAAAAUGAGAGUAUGUCAUCCCCUUUCUGUCACUCGGUCACCCUACUUCCAGAGUAGCUGAAGUGCAUCCUGCAAUUACACUCACAGAGGACCAACUCUUUAGAAGAACCUGAAAAAUGUAUCACUACAAAUUCGAUUACGUUUCCUGGCAACUGAACAAUGAACUCUGUUUUUUGCUGGGAAUGAAGAUGUACACGUUUGAGAAGCUAGCAUAGUAUUUUUCUAAAUAUUUUAAAUGACUGCUCUUCACCCAUUCCAGAUGGAUUCUUUAUUGUUUGCCGAUGGGUUGCAGAUGCCCACCCCUUUAACCAAGUUGGUUAACUGUUUAUGAAAUGUACAUUGGCUGAUUAAAAGCUUAAAUUUUGGAAGAAAUUUCUCCUGGGAUAUCCCACAUAUGUCUUUGCAGUAAUUACGAAAUUAAUCAAUUGUCACCUCUAUAAACAAACUUCGUUUUGAAAACAGCAGGCGAAAGCAGACUGCAGAUACAGUCAUAACUGACCAAAAGUAUGUACAAAACUAUUUAAAAUUGGAGGAAGGGUGAUAUAUGCUGGAGAAUACAAUCUAAAAGUGAUUGAUUUUACCUACGAAUAAGAUAGUUACGUUAAACGUGUUAAGAUGUGGAAAUUAACGGGGCGAGCGCGCCAAGUAAAACUACAGAAUGCCCUUUGAGUUUCUCUGCGGGGUCUUCGGGAGGCAGAAAAUCAGUUGUUCAGUUUCUAACAUUAUAAGGAAAAGUGGCACCGAGAAGGACGGGGGUGGACGUUGUGUUUGUGUGUGAGUUUUGAACUGAGUCACCUUGGCUCUGCCUCUGUAACAGGGAAACCUCGAGCAAACCUGUGCCUUUAAGACUCAGUUGCUAUCCAAACACAAGUAAACAGAGUGGACCAUUAGCGGGCGCCGGGCGCGGAGGCGGAGCCUGGGCGCUGGGGGCCCAGCGCGGCUGCGGGACGCCCGCCCGAAGGGGAGGCGGGGCCGCUACUAAAGCCCGGGUCUCCGGGCCGCGAGCAGCCUGGGGAGGGACGCGGGCGGGGACGGAGCUCGGCUUGCUCGCUGCUGGAGGGUGAUGGCCCUGCGAGGCUGCAGACUCAGACCUUACCCCGAGUCCGCGGCGAGAGGCUCGCGGAGGCGCGAGGUUCCGGGCGAGCGCUGAGCGCGGGCUCCAACCGCCCUGGGUCUUUACACAUUCUACGACCACUGACUCGGACGAAGGCGAGGAUCCGGUCUCGUUUUGGCUGCUCGUUGUCCUCCAGAUCAUGUCCGCGGCUCCCGGGACUCCGCGCGGAAAAAGAAGUUUGUCCGGCGUGGACCCAAUGACCUUUCCAAGCUGUGCGCCUCACUGCCUGGACCAGGUCUGAGUGACGCUGCCCGGGCGGACGUUUCUGGGGGAGGGUUUUCUCUGCGUGCCGUUGUCCUCCUGGGUUUUCGCCGGAACCCCACGCCCACCCGCCUCUGAGUCCUGGAAAAAAAGGGUGGCUACCUCCGCCCCCCAGCACCCCGGAAAAUGGGGAGCAAGGCCCUGCCAGCGCCCAUCCCGCUCCACCCAUCGCUGCAGCUCACCAAUUACUCCUUCCUGCAGGCCGUGAACACCUUCCCCGCCGCGGUGGACCACCUGCAGGGCCUGUACGGUCUCAGCGCCGUGCAGACCAUGCACAUGAACCACUGGACACUGGGGUACCCCAACGUGCACGAGAUCACCCGCUCCACCAUCACCGAGAUGGCGGCGGCGCAGGGCCUCGUGGACGCGCGCUUCCCCUUCCCGGCUCUGCCCUUUACCACCCACCUCUUCCACCCCAAGCAGGGAGCCAUUGCCCACGUCCUCCCAGCCCUGCACAAGGACCGGCCCCGUUUUGACUUUGCCAACUUGGCCGUGGCCGCUACGCAAGAGGAUCCCCCUAAGAUAGGAGACCUGACCAAGCUGAGCCCGGGGCUGGGUAGCCCCAUCUCGGGCCUCAGUAAAUUGACUCCGGACAGAAAGCCCUCCCGAGGGAGGUUGCCCUCCAAAACGAAAAAAGAGUUUAUCUGCAAGUUUUGCGGCAGACACUUUACCAAAUCCUACAACUUGCUCAUCCACGAGAGGACCCACACAGAUGAGAGGCCGUACACGUGUGACAUCUGCCACAAGGCUUUCCGGAGGCAGGAUCAUUUGCGGGAUCACAGGUAUAUCCAUUCCAAAGAAAAACCCUUCAAAUGUCAGGAGUGUGGGAAAGGAUUUUGUCAGUCUAGAACUUUGGCUGUUCACAAAACUUUACAUAUGCAGGAAUCUCCACACAAAUGCCCCACAUGUGGAAGAACCUUUAAUCAGAGAAGUAAUCUGAAAACUCACCUUCUCACCCAUACAGACAUCAAGCCCUACAGCUGCGAGCAGUGCGGCAAAGUGUUCAGGCGAAACUGUGAUCUGCGGCGGCACAGCCUGACUCACACCCCGCGGCAGGACUUCUAGAGAAGCCCCGGAUCUGUCCCGGGCCACCGCCGCCGCUCCCCUCCCCAGACACCUCUCCACGCCUCCCACCCGGGGGGGGGCACCCCCAACCCUUCACUGACCCCCAGCUCUUCCCCGGCUGCAGCCACACCGGCAGCUCCAGGGGAUUAACUCUUCUUCCCAAGGACUGAGAACUGUAGAAAGCCACACAAGUACAUCCUUUCACAAAGAGCAUAUGCUAGUUUCUUGUAGAUAUUCACAGCUCAUUUUAGAGCUCUGUACAUAAUGUCGUGGGUCUCUGUUUCGUUGUUUUGUUUUGUCUGUUUUUGUAUCUUGUUGGAUGCACCUAGGUAUGGAAAAUGGAAACCAAAUUUAUCUUUAAAGACUGUAUUUUCAAAAAUAAAAUGUUUUCUUGUUUGUUUCAA